AUGAUUUGCUGUCUGAUUGUUGAAGCUGGUUUAUGGGCCACACCAAUUCCAGAAGGUUUCAGAAUUCUUGAAGUUGCCUCUGAAACGUUCUUCACAUGGGGGAUCGAGAGCCAGAGCUUUGGUUUCUCCUCGUUCGACCGCCCCGAGUGGGACUUCCUGAGACACUUGCGUAUGAACGACUUCGUGUACCCGUUGGCUUCAAAUAGACCACGUAAGUACCUCUCCUCCUUCUUCCUGUCAUCGUCGUCGCUGCAGUGUGUUUGGGCGCGUUGGAGAAGGGUCCUGACACAACCGCGUUUGUGAGCGACGGGUUGGUUGCUUCUGAAGUGGAGAAUGCGCCUUGUGUUAGUCGCCUUACGGUAGACCGUCGUCUUUAUAUUCCCGUCUGCCAGUUUUGUAACUUGUACGUCUAGGAAGGGCAAGCGAUUGUCGGCCUCUUCUUCCAUGGUGAACUGUAUGUCGGGAAAUAUUGAAUUCAAGAGUGCCUUGAAAUCUUGCACGUCGUUUCUCUUUAUUAUGACGAAUGUGUCGUCGAAAUACCCGGCCCAGAACUUCGGAGGGUACGAGCUGAAUACCAGCCGCUCCGUAAGGCUUCUAACACUAGGCGCAUCCUCCACUUAAGAAGCAACCACCCCGUCGGUCACAAAAGCAGUUGUGUCAGGACCCUUCUCCAACGCGCCCAAACACACUGCAGCGACGACGAUGACAGGAAGAAGGAGAUGAUGUACUUGCGUGCCCUAUUUGAAGCCAGCUGAAUUUUCUUAACGAGGAAGGAUGUUAAAUGAUUUCAAUUCCUGGAAGGGUGCGGCAUUUAUACAGCUCAUUCUCUGCCUAGAAACAGGGGUUUUUAAGGAUGCAUUGCCACAAAUGAACUGGCGGCAUUUCUUGCUGCUACUUACAUCCAUCCGAGCUUAUUUUGCCCCAUGUGUGUACAAGUAAUUUUGGCUAUUCUAGGAGAUUACUGAGGCUGUUUGCGCAAAAUUUUCGAAGUUUAUAUUGCAAAGAGCAAGUGUUGCACAAUGUGCAUAGCAUAACGCACAUUGCCGACGACGUGCAGCGUCAUGGCCACUUGAAUCAUUGCUGACCUUGCCUCUCGAAAUCUACCUGGAAAGGUUACGGAAAUGCUAAGCAAGCCAUCGCAAACUCUGCAGCAGGAAGACAGAAGACUGAGUGAUGUAGAUAUGCAGGCGUUGAACUCCAUAGGGCCCCCGGAACUAAGAGUGCUUCAUAAGCACAGUCGUGGUCCACAGCUAAGGGGGUAGGUCUCUGCGAGCAGUAUAAAUGUGUAACAACUGCGAAUCUUAGAGCUGUCAACUCCCUUGCCAACAGAUGCAUUAACCUGGGGAAAAGACUGUAUGUGUUGGAAACGUUCUAUUACAUUUGGAUCGAAGUUUUCAUGCAGUCUACGCAGGAUUUACGAAGUUGUCAGAUAAGUCCUCUACUUGCGUAGCUUUAAAGCUAGCAUGGAUAAUAUCCACUGUACUUCUUUGCCAACCGCAUUCGCGAAGCUUGCUUGCUUUCCCCUAGAUGGAUUUUUUUCUUUUUAAUGGAAAUGAUUGAUGCUUGUCCUAGACGUUGAAGAUUACCACCACCUAAAAUCAUCCUUUGCAGAAUCAGUGCACGUGAACCCUACAACCGCACAGCCUACAUAGCUAGUGGUCUGCGAGCAAUGAGGGGUUGAGGCGGUCGUAGAAAUAGUGUGAGCGUCCUCCCUGUUACCCAUUACGUUCACUUUUUUCUGUGCGGCUUAAGAUUAUACUACGAGCUCUCCAAGGGGUUCGAAAAGAGUUUGUAUAGAAAAAACCCCUAUGGUUAUGGGACGAGGCGCUGCUACUAUCGCCUGUAGGUUCGGCUCAGUUCAGUUUAUCAGAGGGAAAGUAGGUGUGUACUUUUGAAAUCCUUAUUUGUUACACGCAGAGGAAGUAUAUGGAAAAAUGAAACGUGAGUAGCAUGAAAGAAAGAUAAGGGGAAUAUCAAAAACUGCACAGAUGAGCACAGUACUUCAUGCGUAAGCAGUAUUUGCAGACAAAUGAACUCAGUUUUUGAUUCGAUAAUCGUGGUCAGUCAGGUAGUGACCACUGUCCAGUUACAAGUUUUGUUACUCGCCGUCGAACUUCUUUGGGUAUGCUGAGGUUUUUAACGAUCCAGGGUCUCCAAGCUUGGAUAGCAAACGUCAAAUUCGACCGCACAGAUUUCGAAAGACCUUGGCGAAGCAGUUUUCAUCAAAUGACGAAAACGCCCGUUUAAUGAGAUAUAGGAUGAACGUCGCCGACUUGACUACCUUUGAACAGUGCGGCAAGGACUUGAGCGAGGUUGUGAUUCACACACCCAAGUCCUUCUAGGCGCCGACUACUUUCAGUGGUUUGGCAGUCAGACGGUAGACCGUGCGGUUAGGAUUACCGGUUCUGCCAACGCGUAGGAAGUUACACUUGAUUGCGUUAAACGGCAAAGGCCAGUUGUUUGACCAGCGUUCGAGACGGCCUUGACUUGUCUGCAGUCGUGUUUCGUCAACCUCAUUUCGUAUGGUACUCUGAAUCUUUCUGUCAUCAGCAAACACUGCGACUUCGCAAUCCAGUUAUUUUGCGCAGUCAUUGACGUAUACGAUGAACAGUGUAGGGCCAGGAACAGAGCCUCGGCUAACACCACUCCUAACGGCAACUUUGGCAGACUACUGGUCACUGACGUGGACAGCUUGAGAGCGGCCAAGUAAAAAGUUUUGCAUCAUAAUCAGAAGUUUAUCUCGCACUUUUGUACGGCUGCGUUUGUACAGAAGGCGUUGGUGAGGCACACUGUCAAAGGCCUUCUUGAAGUCGAUGUAGACCGCAUGCACAUUAUGUCCUCCAUCAACUGCCCGAGUCCAGUGAUCCUGACAGUAGAACGAGUUCGUCACAAAGGAUCUGCCUUUUCGGAGUUCAUGCUGAAGAUCGGAAAGUAGAUCGUUAUUUUCAAGGAACUGCAUUAGUCGUUGUUCAAUUAUUUUCUAAUAGUCUUGUGGCAAAUGGAGGUGCGGCUGACCAGUCUGUAAUUGUUUGCAGAGACCCGACCUCCGCACUUAUAGUGGCGUAAUCCACGCCGAUUUCCAGUCGGAUGGCAGAUAUCCGGCCUUGAAGUAUGCAUGUGAAAACAUAGAGAGUGGUUUAGCCAAAUCAUCGACGAGUUCCUUCAACGUCUUCGCCGAGACUUCAUCGGGACCUUGCGAUGUUGAUUCCCUUAGCUUCAUCUGCUGCAUCAAAACAAUGCCCUUAGCAAACGGUGUCAAUGAUUUUGGCCUCUUCGAAUUCCCUCGCUUCCCUAUUAAAAACGGACCGAAAAAAUUCUGAAAGAUGACAAGCUUUCGCUCUAUCCUCGGUGAGAUUUUCACCUUCAGCAAUUCUUAGCAGUGGUAUUGGGUCCUUGUUAUGCGUGCUCCGUCUGGUGCAACCGUAGCAUAAUUUGGGAUUCUCUGAGGCACGGUUAAGCAAACCCAGUUUGAAUCCUUUUCUUAUCAUGCAGACAUGGCCUUCGAGUCGAUUUAUUUUAACUUUACAUGCGCUCAUGGAUGUGGGACUCCUGUCUGCAAUCAAUUUUUCCACAGUCUGCGCUUUUUAUUCACCUCAUGCUUCAAAGCCUGCGUAAGCCAUUGAUGUCUGUAAGUUAACCUCCUCUGCGAAAGCUGAUAGGGGUUUGUGAUGUACCUGUGCAGUAAUUUUCGGAACCUUUGCCAAUCACGGAGUACGUUUUCAACAAUUAUGGACUCCCACACAAUGCACGUAAUUUCAGCACUUACUUGGAUGACCUCCCCCAAUCAAAUGUUUGUUCUAACUGUCAUGGGUCUCUCGAGCAUGGAAAAGAUCGAGUAAUCUCACAAUAGAAUGACGUGAUCGCUUUUACCUAAUGAGGGUAGGCAUGACACCUCAUCAGUGUUGCCCUGUGAUUUCGUAAGCUUUGGAUCAAGAUAGUUGGAAACGCAAUGUUAAGUGACAAAUAACUUCAGUGGCGUUAUCACAAAACUGCCAUCGAAGGUCUGUAUUGAGUUAUUUGCGUGUGCGGGAUGCCAGUCAGUUUGAGGCUGUUAUUCACAUUUGAUUGAGAAAGGGAAACGAAUCAACAGCGUCCCGACGAGGAACACUCGGAAAAACCAUACCUGCCACGUCCACGUGAAUCCAAUAUGACGCUCUUCAGUUUCCGCAGUUCCUAACUCAAAGGCCAACAAGGAUGAGUCUGCUGGACUGUACGCAAAGGUAGAUAUCCUAGCCAGGCGGCAGCCUUGUUAGACGUAAAUCCUGCUUAAGUAACUGAUCCACUCACAGAAGGAUGAGGAACUGCGUGCUAACCCGGCACCACUCCCUGUUAUACAGCCAGCUGUGGCUGCCAAUCCUAUUGAGCGGCCUUCAGAAGCCAGUCAAGCGUUAAAUAACUCAACAGACGGUUACUUAGCUAAGAGUUCUACAGGCAGCUGGUGUGACAAACGCUAGUACUUCUGCCUUCCUCGUACGGGUCAUAUCUCGACCUCCUUGAGGGACGAAACAUCGACGAUUUUGUCAAACGAAUAUAAUGUGCGAUUUUGGCGACGACAUCGCCGACAAUGCCAAUUUCAAGAUGUACAAAUGUAAGGUCGCCCUAUGAGGUUGAAAAUUUAACGAUCCGAUCACUGGUGAGUCAUCGUAUAUCUACAUAAGCCCUCUCCCCACAGGUAUCAACAUAAGAUGGUGAAAAGGCGACUGCACAGACCUAUACGAAUUGGAGGCUCGUUUUACAAAGCACAUAAAAUGUUCUAGAUGCGGCAGGUAAACGACACGAAAGAAGUCAGACUGCGUCUGAAGUGAAUGAUAUGCCAGCUGCAUUCAUUUCUUACAUAUACCCAAAUAUCAGAACAGGCACCUUGACCCUCGGCAUCAGCACCGAUACGCAAGGACAUGUCGUGAAUAUCGAACGUUGCCGCGGUAGAUAUUAUUUUUUUUAUAAUAUUUCACCAACUUACCAUGUUUGCUAUAUAAAACUAAUAUAAAAUACCCAUCACUCUUCUUGCGGCUACUUAUAGGUUUGGUUUUGUGUUCAAAACCCUCUGUCCCGGCUAGUGGACGGCAAAACAAGGUACAUGUAUACAAGGACCGGCAGUGAACAUAGUGCAUGAGGCCUCAUAUAACAAGGAAAGGGGUACACGUCAAAUAUUUAGUUGGUGUACAUUGUGGUGCAACCUUCUUUCGUCUAUGUCGCUCAAUCUCGACAUGUCGAUAUCAGGGGCGUAUCGACAAAAUUCCCAAUGUCCAUAUCCAAGCCGGUGCCGAUCGUUAUUUUGUGCGCGUCCUGCCGAUCAAGUGUCCCAGUAUUUAGGCGCCUGAAUAAGUUGACAUCUAUAUAAUCUUGGCACUAGCGAAGUGAAUUACCACAAACUUUAAGUAAAGGUGGGUCCUUUAAACUUGACAAGUAAACCCUAGACGUUCAGCGCGGGGACUAUUGGCUUUCCCGCGUAUGAGUAAUGGCCCACUUUUACUCGUGAAAUGUGUAACUCUUACGUGCACCGUUUUGCCACCCAGUUGACUGCUUAAAAUAGAGUUAUCGCGCAGAUGGGAAGGGAAACCACGAUCAAUUCGGGGUUUGACUGGUGAAUACGUCGAACCUGGGUCCAAUAUAUAUCGACCUGUCGAGAUACGUAUAUCGUCCGGAUAUCGACUUUGACCACUUUAGCGAUAUACUCCUGAUAUUGGUAUGUCGAGAUUGAUCAACGUAGGCGAAGAGGGGUUGUUGCACCAUGCACGCCAACGUAACGUAUACGCCUCCCUUUGAAUAUAGUACUCCAAACAUUGCUUUUACUACCGUUUCCUGUAGACAUGCGACUUGUUUUACUGUUUAUUGGUCGGUGCUGAACCCUUUUAACCUAAAAUCGAAUCCACCUAACCCGUGAAUUCAAGUGGGUGGUUUUUAGAGUUAUUUACUAGUAGUAGUAAAGUGAGGGAAACUCAUACAAGAUAUCAGCACUAUCAAUAUUCAUAAGAUCAAGUCACGUAUUGGGAGUGAAGUAAACGACCAGGUUACUUGUUCUGAAGGUUAGAUAUAUAUAGCAUACGUAUGCAGUUGGCUAACCAUUUAUUCCCGUAGCCAUUUGCCUUCUUUGCAGCCUUUUUCCAGCCGCGUUCAUGCCUCUCAGUAGCCGGCUGCACUGUGGAUAGUGUCGGAUCAGCUCGCAACUCGUUCACCUUCUUUAGAUGAUUUAAGAGCUCGAGCAUUAUCCUUAUUUGCUGAAGCUUAGCUAAGACGUCCAGUUUGGCGUACACCUCAUCCAGGGAACUUGCAUCCUUCCCGUUUCUCUCGGCGUUUUGCACUUCUGCAGCCACAAAACGCCAUAGUGAACAGCACCGUCUUACCAUUACGGUCCAACGCGCAGGUGUGGUAUCUGCCGAGCCGCUUUCGUCUGUCUGACUUUGAUCUGCUUCUCUCUCGUAAUAAAUUGUCAUCCGUGUAUUCAACCUACCGGCGAUAGUGGUGGUGUCCUAUCCCAUAGCGGUAGGGAAUUUUGGGUUUUCUUUCGGCACACCCUCUUUGGACGCCUGGGCGAGCUCACCCUGCGAUCGACAACUACGUGGGAAAAAAGUGGACGUUAUGGGCAACGGGAGGAGCGUUCGUCCUAUCUUUUGUCCGUCUUGCAGUGUUUGCGCACUACCUCAGUAACUUCACGACAUGUUGCCUCCACAUCUUGUGCAAUAUGUCUCCUUAUGGCCUGCGGAGAUGCCUGCCUCAGCAUAUUUUUAGGUUAAAUGAUUAAAACUUGAAAGAUACAUAAACAGUAGAAAUUAAAUUAAUAGCAAGAGUCACGUUGGCAGACUCACGCUUAUGCAUCCUAUGACACAGCAAAGUAUAAUGGCGUCCUCCGCGCGGCGCACACGCGGCACAAAAUGGCCAGCCAGUCAAAGCAAAGAUGCGAGACAACGGUUGGCCACUGGGAACGAACCGACCACAUAUCUGGACAGAUGGCGACGAGAUUAUGGGGCGUGGAUAGUCGUUGACCGACAGACGUUAUUAAUUAAUUCAUUGGUUAAUGACGUUUGCUUCAGUUUGACCGAUGUCUCAUCUUGAUAUUUGAUUUUAUCGAGAAAUGUCAUACAGGACGUAAGACGUCCAGAUUUAUUUGUCUCACGACUAGGUCUGCGACGUGAAGGAUAAGCCUUUGGUUGACGUACCUAUAAACAAGAGUGGCCUGCGCUCGGGAUGCAUUAAGAAACUGCUUACUUCUGUAUAUGUACGCAUACUGGAUGAAAAACAAAACUGCCGGAAUGAACACCGAUCAAUUAGCAUUGAUAGAGAAUUUUUAUUUUCUUCGGAACAAAUUUUAAUGGGACAGACAGAUUAGAGUAGAAAAUAAUCAUGUUUUGGUUUAAGUGAAAAGACCGAGGGCAGGGAAGAGUGUGCACGGCGUAAAAAAGCAUGUAGCAGCAACAUAUGGGCAAAUGCUUCAUGAUACUUUGUAAUAGGUCCACUUCCAGGCUGAGUAGAAUCGUUUCCUAAGAUUAAACUCGGGGAGGCCAUGUUUUCAGCCAAGGAUUUACGCGCUUCCCAGCAGAAGAUACCCAUCGACAGUUUGCCUCCCUUCGCGGUUUAUAAGAUGUUAAAGACGUAUUUGUUUACUGGUAAACAAUAUUCCUCGUCGUCAGUUGGAAAACACGGAAUUUCUCUGGACCGAACAUUCGUAGUAUGCGUGUUGUCGCCUCCGCCACUACCGUGGUAGUGGCAUUCCGGACUUGUAGAGACGAGACCAGGCUAUCUUAAUCUGCUGAAGUAACAUUUUAUGUUUCACCGGUGGGGGCCCUGCAUCACAUUUGCUUAUAAUACUGUCCGAUACGAGCACCAUUGCUUCCGCUUGGCUUUCCAUCUGGUAAAAAUCCGUUUUGUAUUCUUAGAGAAUCCAACGACAAUUUUGUCAUAUUCCAUCAGCUGUUGACUUUAAUGAAGGUGGGAACUGAGACAUCUUUGCGUAAGAGCAUGGUUGUUUCGAAAUGUUUUUUUUUGCGUUUAAAACUGGUUGAGCAUACUUGACCAAUGUUUGCAGGUUUUAGAGGGGUUCCCUCCUUAGGUCAGACGUCGUGUAGAGCAUCCCAAACAACUGGAUUGGAGUAGGACUUAGAAAGCAACUGCUGUUGUGGGGAUGUCCAUGCUCCUGCUGGGGUGGAAAUUCGAUGAAGGCACUCACAUCUUAGCUUACAGUCCAUCUGUUCUCCUCAGGGACACCAGUCGCUUCUCGCAGUCUGAUCUUUGUAAACAUUUUGAGGCUAGACUCAUGACUCAACUUUUGGGCGUGUCCUAUCUUCUUUAUCAGAGCGGACGUCAAUAGCUUCUAUACUAAGACUCACUGGCAUUGUGUACUGCCAAAUUUUCGAUUAGGUGGAGAGGCAGAAAUACCUGGUGUAGUAGACCUAUUGGUUGUCAUUGGCCGAGUUCUCGUGAGAUUACUACCAUGUUUUGGGUGUUUGGUCCGAAGAAUUUCGUAUGACCAUCGGACUAAACAUCCGUGGACUUUUUUCAUAUCUUAUCAAGUGAUUUACCUGAGUAAUCCCCGGCAAGCACCUAAAAUUGUGAUUUUUCACGCUGCCACAAGGGACAUUCUUACUACUACUUGAUACGACUGCGAUCAUGCAUGAUCUAGCCGGCCUCGAUGAUGUCCCGAGCUGUACCUCUCCAUGCAUGACGAUCCGCGGCAGCAGAUCUGGACAGCUCAACCCCACAAGGGACAUGCCUAAUUGUGAUUCCACUGUAGUUCUCUUCGUCAAUGAAACCAUUGAUACACACUUCCGAAAGUUGUUCUAGGCGAGAUAGACAGGAUUUAGACUGCCUAACUCUUAACCUUUCCAGUCUCCCACGCUCGUCUAUAAUUUUCUUUGGACUAUUUGCAGGUUGCCGUCAUGUCUGGCGCACACCUCGUUCAGUACAUCCUACUCCGCUCCGACCUGAAGAGCCGUCUUGGCUGGCCUCUCGGCGCUAUUGUAGCUCAGGGUUGUCAUGCCUCAACGGCUGCGCUGCACAGAUUUCGUGAUCACAUGGAAACCAAAGCAUACCUGGAGGAUCUCGAAAACAUGCACAAAGUGGUCUUGGCCAUUGAAGAGUCCGAACUUCCCCUGAUUGCAGAUAAAUUGACAGGGGCCGGAGUAGACUUUGUAACGUGGCGAGAGCAGCCCGAAAACAUACUAACCGCUAUUGCAUUGCGUCCCUACACCAAGAAGGAGGUCCAGUCCUACUUUAAGGGCCUGCGUCUUCUUAGUUGA